CGUGACCUUCGAUCGCCGGAGCAGGACGAUACUUCUCCUAUCCCGGACCCUCCGCGAACCAAGCAAUCAUCCAUCGAAUAACCCACACAUUCCUUACUCACCAUGCUCGCCACUAUAUGUCUUGUUCUGUGUCUGGCCGUGGCGCUUGCGCGCGCAGAACUAUAUAUCGUUAGCCCGGCAUCCGGCUCGACCUGUCAGGCAGGGCAGCCAUGUACCGUCAAUUGGCUAGACGAUGGAAACUCUCCGAAGCUCGCAUCCAUCGGCGUCUCUCGGAUAGGGCUCUACAUGGACAACAUGCAACUCGUCCAAUCCAUCGAACCCGUUGACGUGUCCGCAACCCAUUCCAUGACGUUUACGCCGAACCCAGAGGCGGGCCCGGACGCAGAUUCCUACUACCUUGUCUUCACCUCCACCGCCCUCACCGAUGCCUCUGGCGCCGCCUACACCGAGUACUCCCCCUUCUUCCGCCUCACCGGCAUGUCCGGUACGCGCGGGCAGCCCGUCGCAUCGCUCACCUCCGAGUUGCCCGUGCCGUCGACGCUCACGAGCGACACCUUCGUCUCGCCGGUGACGCCGAGCAUAAGCACGGUCACGGUGGGCACGCUGUCGACGAGCUUGAGCCCUAUACCCAGUUUGUCGGCGACGAGUGGAGGUGCGACUGGGGGUGUCGGUAGCAGUAGCAGGAUGAGCACUUCGAGGAGCGCGGCGGCGACGGGGUCGGCGAGCGCGUCGCCUAGCGCGAGCGCGGGGACGAACGCGGAGGGCGAUGAUGGCAAUUCAAACGGCGCGGGUCGGGCGAGUGUUAGCAGUGCGCUGGCGGUGUCGUGUGUGGGCGCGCUGUCGCUCUACAUGAUCUGCGCGGUCCUGUAAUGAAUCAGCCCGCUUGUACCUCCGCUCGGCGGACCGUCGUGUAAGUCCCACGACCUCGUCGAAUGCAUAUCCUGAUCAUACACGCAGCGUGAAUCGUUUUCAUCGCCCCACGACAUAACGUCGUUUCGUUGUGCUAUAUAUCCACCUCCCCUGUCGCAUAACCACCUGCGCCCUAUCGCAUAACCCCCUCCGCCCUGCCACAUACCUGCCUCCCCCGCUCCCGACCCUGUUGUGCAACCCGCUGCCUCCUCCGCGCACGCAUAGAAGCCACGGACCUCUUCCUUCGCAUAUCCUGCAUUUAUCGUACUUGUACACUAGUUUUGUUUUGUUGCUUUUGGGGCUUGCUU